UGAUGGAUUUUCUUUCGAUAAAGUCGAUGAUGGCGUGAAUGGCGUUCAAUAACAUCUACGGUUAACGCCUCUAAACAAAAUCAAAGUAAACUUACGUUUAGAGAUGCCUAGCACAGCUGGCUUUCUUACUGGAUUCUGCCCGUGAAGCGUGGACAAACUUAUGCUGGAAUGGACAGACGAAAAAUAUCUUAGUGAAAUUUCCGAGUCUUUUUAUUCUUUUGAUGUGAUAAUUUGGCACUAACUCUCACAGUUCGCAAGUAUCAAUGUAAUCUUAUUAUCAAUUUUGAAAGUGGUGUAACAAAGACAAUACACACAAAACAUUGAUAUUUCUAAAUUGGACAUUCGCUCAAUCGCAGCUAAUAAGACCAUGGAGAGCUAUUACUCGUGCAGCUGUUGCCUGGUACGCCCUCCAGACAAAGGGCUCAAAACUCUCUACAAUCAUCUCGGCAAAACAGAAAUAUAUUAUGAUAUGCUCACAGAAUGUUUUAAUUUAAAUCUAAGCUUCGGAAAUCAGGAGUGUGGUAUCUGCGAGGUGUGUGUGGGGCGGCUGCGGGACGCGAGCGACUUCAAGAUGCAAGUGCAGCGUGUGCAAGAUGUCCUACAUGCAAGACUCGAGGGAGGAGUCCCAUCCACUGCGGAUGACAAUGUCAAAAUUAAGUUAGAGACACCUACAGGAGAUGACACCACUUCGCGUGGAAUCAAGCAGGAGAAAUCAGAAGCGGAGAUGGCUGAUAGCAAAAUCACAUCAGAUACAUCAGAAGAAGAAAAAUUGCCAGCGCGCGCAACUCGUGCUUCUACCGCGUCCCACAAAAUCUCGGCCGCAUCAUCUCCAAACGUCACCAGGCGCCGCCGCCACACUAGAGAGAAACCUUACGCGUGCAACAUAUGCGACAAAAGAUUUGUACAGAAAGGCCACUUAAAUACUCAUUACGCGUACCACAUGGGAAAAUUCAAAUUCUCCUGCGAAUUAUGCAAACGGGGAUUCGUACAAAAAUAUGAAUAUGCUACUCAUAUGCGAAUACACACUGGCGAAAAACCGUACGAAUGUGACGUAUGCAACAAAAAAUUUAGACAAAAGGGCAACUUAAAAAUACAUAAAAAUAGUCAUUUAAAAUAUGACCCGAAUCGUGUAGAGCCAGGAGAAAUAACUGCAUGCAAGAAAGAGUCGUCAGAUGAAUCGGAAGAUCAAGAAACUACAAAAUAUUUUUCGUGUGAUAUAUGCAAAAAGCAAUUUAAGGAUAAAAGUUACUUAGAGACUCAUUCAAAACACCAUUCUGGAGACUAUCCAUUCGCAUGCGAUAUUUGUCAAAGGAAGUUUAAUACACAGUUCGCCUUGAAUACACAUAAAUUUGAUCACUCGGGAGGGAAACCUUUUAAGUGUGAUAAAUGCGAUAAAAGUUACAGAACCAAAAGCGCUUUGAAUACUCAUUCGUUAGCUCACACAGAGGGUUAUAAGCACGCAUGUCACUUGUGUAAUAAACAAUUCAUAGUAAAGCAGAAUUUGAACAUACAUAUGCGCGUACACACGGGAGAAAAGCCUUAUACCUGUGCAACAUGUGAAACCAAGUUUCGUUCUAGACAUUGCUUACAGAAACAUUUAUUAGAGAAACACAAUCAAGUUAUAGACAAACAGUUUAGUUGUGAUACAUGUGGGAAACGUUUUGCAUUACAAGGAACUUUAGAAAAACAUAUGAAAAAACACACUGAGAAGGAAACAGGAGAUAAAAAGAAAGAACUUGCAUUUAUGUGCGAAAUAUGUAGCAAACAAUUUUCGACAAUAAGUAUACUUAAAUACCAUAGAGAAAUUCAUAAUGAAGACAGACCAUUCGAGUGUGAAGUGUGUCAUAAAAAAUACCAAACAAAAAGGAAUUUACAGGACCAUGUGAAGGUGCACGAGGAGAAAAAACACUCUUGUGAAGUGUGCGGGCAGCCAUUCAGACACAAGUCAGCCUUGAAAGUUCAUAUUCGACGAAUGCACUCCGAAAACAGACCACAUGUUUGCGAUGUUUGUAAAAAAGCUUUUGCAGUUCUUGCUGAACUAAAAAUUCAUUACAGAGUCCACACUGGGGAAAAACCGUAUGCUUGUGAAAUAUGCUGUAAGAAAUUUCAGCGCCUCAGUGGGAUUAAGAAGCACCUUAUAAAUGUCCACCACGAUAAACCUACAAAAUUUGUUAAAUUAAAAGAACUGAAUAAAUACGACUAAACUGUAAGUUACUUCUUUAUAAAGAUAAAAAAGGAAGUAUUUAUGAUAUUGAGAAUAUCCUACAUUUUAGACUUAUUAUUUUAUUUUAUUUAUUUACAAAACAAGUGAUAGACAUUAAUAGAAGAAAAAAUACAGGUACUGAUCUGGCUUAUAAUUGUAGACAUUGGUAUUGAUUUUCCAUGAUAUGGUUUCUUUAAAUUAAGAUGUAUAAAUUAAUGCUUAAGUAUCUAAUAAAGCGCUUUUUUCCAGCUAAGUAUGCCAUCAAAUGGAUAAUUUGCCAAAAAUGAGUGUGAGGUAUGUGAUGUUAGUAGACAAGUUGUAGUAGGUAUAUUUUAAGACUUCGUAUUUGUUUGAGAUAUUACUCUGUACAUUAUUGUAUUAAAAAAGUAUUUUAUGUAAAUAAUUACAUCGCUUCAACCAAAAUUUCCAUUUGUAAUGUGUGUAUUAACAUCAGAUUUUGUAUUAAGAAUAUUAUGAAUUAUAAAAUAAAUAUUAUAGGACAUUCUACACAGAUUGAAUGAGGCCCACGGUAAGCUCAAGAAGG